GCCCAUGCAGUGAAUUUAAUUGGGCUCCAGGAAGGAGAGGGAGGGGCUGAGAGUCAGGUGCCUUACAGAGGAGGACAAGGGUGCUGCCUAAACACUGCUACAAUCAAAGCAAGGCUCGUUUAAAUUAAUAACUCGAUGAGUCCCGGAACUUUCUGGAAAGAGCCUUUUGGACACAGCCCGCUUCUAGGAGAGCUGAUCACUUCCAUCAGGCUAGCUUGGUUGUUCCCAACAUCGUCUCCCGGGGGGGGAACCCCCUUUCCUAGGGGAGUGGAGUCCUGGUUCUCAAUGCUCGGGGAGGGGGGCUGGGCCCGGGCUGAGAACGCACGGAAGGAGAAAGGGGGAGAGAGAAAACCUCACAACUUGGGCUGCCUGCGCGGUGGGAAGGCAGCUGUGGGCAGGGCCCUGGGAAAUGACGCUGCUGCUGUGGAUGUUGUGAAACCCUAUCCAGCUUUAGCAGAGCCGGGAUUUCGCUCACAGCUGCGGGCAGAUUGCGCUGCCCGUUGAAAUUAGCCAGAGCGGGUCAGUUGUUCCCAGGCAGCAGCCGCGCAGGGGAGCCAGGCAAAAAAAACCAAGCAACGCCCUUAGUCCCUUGCAACUCGGGCUCCAGAGGCUGCCCUGAGAUGGAUGUGGCCGUGGAUCUGUACCUGGCGGUCCCGCUGCUGUUCACAGUCCUGGCUGUGAUCCUGGCUUCGGUCUUCGUGAAGCUGAGAGCGACUGAAGGGGAGAAAGCUGCCGAGACAGCCAAGGGGGAAGGGUCCCAGGGCAAGGAGGCAACCGAGCAGGGGGAGGAGAGGAAGGAUGGCGAGGGGGAAGGGAAGGAGGGAGAAGCGCUGAAGGAGGAGGGGAUUCCGAGGGGGGAGAAGGACGAGGAAGGAGCGAAGGACGAGGGGAGAAGGAUCCCGGUGGAGGAGAUUGGGGUUGAAGAGGGGAAGGCGAAGAGAGCCGAGGAGAAUGAAGAGCAGCAGACGAAGGAGGAGGCGGUGGCAGCCAGGACUGCAAAAGCAGACAAGCAGAGCCACCCUCAGGAGACGAACAUCCCGCGCCAGGCUGCUGAGGUGGUGGAGGAAGAAGAGGAGGAGGAGGACGACGAUGACGACGAGAGCAAGGAGGAAGAUCAAGACUGGGAAAAAGAGAGACUGGUGGUGAAUGAACCAGAUCUGGACGAUGCGGACGAGAAGAUCUCCUUUAAAUACAGCCCCGGAAAGCUGAGGGGGAACCAGUAUAAGACAAUGAUGACCAAAGAAGAACUCGAGGAGGAACAAAGGGUUCAGAGAGAGCAGCUGACUGCCAUCUUCAGGCUCAUGAAGGAAAACAGUGAGACUUUUGGAGAGAUGUCUGAAGGAGAUAUGAAGGAGCAGCUUAAACUUUAUGACAUGUAGGCUCACAGCCACUACAGUCUAUGGCCUGCCUGCUGCCUCAGCCCCUUAUCAUUCGACACUGGAGACUGUAGUGCUAUAAAACUGUCACUAAAUACAUAAUCAGUUUCAUAUUUUGGAUGGUUUGCAAAAAUGUAUAGGCCUCUUUGAAAUAUUUCAAAGACUUGUAAUUUCUGUCCCUUUUUACUGGUUUUCCUAAAGGAGCUAUUGCUGUAUUUUCAUCUCAUGCAGAGAGAUUUCAACUCUUUCUGGCCAGUUUGUAAGAGCUAGACCGUACCGCAUGGUGAAAUUUGUAACUGUAUUCUGACUAUGCUUUGUAAGUAUGUAUUUCUUCACUCUGAUCCUCCAUCGUCUUGGUGUCUAAAGGAAUCUGAGUAAAGUAAGACCACAGCUGCUGCACACUCUAACAUGGAUAAAAUGGGAGUGUAAUGAGGAGUUCACUUGCCCUUGCAACAAAUCAGCCAGAGACCUCUUCUGAGUGCAAUCACCAGUGCUUUUUAUUUUCAGUGUCAGUUCCUACCACCUUCUGUUUAUAGUCUGCUCCCAACCAGCAACCUUGGGGACAGCUAGUUUCUCCAGCCACCAGGAAUGCACAGGCUUUGGCUUUCCCUCCCCCUUCACUUCCUGCCUGCCUGCCAGCCUUAUAAAGCCCCCUGGCUAAUGAGGCCUGCAGAUGCUUCUUUUCUAGCAAUUUGGCAUGGCCUACUCAGCCAGCCCCAAUGAAUGCUUCUUAAUUGGAGCUGGGCUAACAGGGGCCUGGCUCAGGACCUCCUGGCCAGCAUCCUGUUACAGGGAGGUUACCCUUUUAGGGUAUAUCUGCACUGCAGCUGAGAGUGUGCUUCCCAGUGUGCAUAGACAGACACACACUAGCUUGAGCCAUGGUGAUACAGGUAGCAGCUUGGGCUAGCCACACAAGUACAAUCACGUUCAACCCUCUCUGUACAUACUCAGGCAGCUAGACUGAGCUACUGCCUAGGCCACCACAGCCACACUGCUAUUCUUGGUGCACUAGUUCAAGCAGAGCUAGCAUGUGUCUGUCUUCCCACGGUGGAAAAUAUGCUCCCAAAUGCAGCAUAUACACUUAGUCAGGAUCAUGCAUAUUGAUUAUUCAGACAGUAUGGGGCUGAUAUCACAUGAUUCACCGAGUUUUUUUGGCUGGAAACCAGUGAUUCUGAAGGAGGAUAAAGCUACCAGGAACAAUAUGUGAAUAACUUUUGUAAGUGCAUUUUUGCUGUCACCCAGACCAAGUAUCUCCUUAUGGGUAUAUUCUGCAUCUAUAAUCACCAUCAAAACCUACGUGGAACAGAAUGUUCAGUCGAACUAUAAAAACAACAAGGAGUCUGGUGGCACCUUAAAGACUAACAGAUUUAUUUGGGCAUAAGCUUUCGUGGGUAAAAACCUCACUUCUUCAUGCAAAUAACUUUUCCAUUCCAGUUUGGGAAAUUUCAUUCCCCCCCAAUUUGCUUCUCCUUAAAAGUGUGUUUUUUUUCACUGCAUAAUGCAGCAGCAGAAAAUGCCACUUCCAUUAGAAUUUUUGAGUGGAAGCAGGACAGUGGCCAUCUUUGAAAAUUAUCUUUGGUCAGAGGCAAGAGGAUGGGAAGCACAGUGAGAAACUGAUUUACAUCUACGUCAUAGUCCUUUGUGAGACAGAGUGAGGGAGAGCAGGUUUUAGAUUUAGUUAAGGUAGAGUGUAGGUGGAGCAUGGGGGUCAGGUCAGUUGAUGUAGCUGAUGGUGGAGGAGAAAGGGCAGAAUGUCCAAAGUUUGGGAAUACUAUUCCUUGGAUGAAAAAUGGGCUUGUAAUGUAAUAUUCAGUGUGGAUCCUAUAUUCAUCCAUGGUCCUGGGCCUCAUGUAAGGAACAGAGCACACUUCAAGAACACAUAUAAAAUGGGGUAUUCGGUCCUGGUGCUGGGUGCCCAGCCAUGCUCUGCCAAGAAAGGAGAGCCACCAACAUAGAUGCCAGCAGGCAGGAACACAUGUUGCAGAUUGUAAGCUUUUUGUGGGAGAAACUGUCUUUGUUCUGUGUUUGUGCAGCCCCUAGCACAAUAGGGCCUGGUCCAUGAUUCGCGCUCCUAGGUGCUAUCAUAAUACAAAUAAUAAUAAUAAUUAAUAAAGGGGCAUCAGCAUCAAGAGGGGCUGAAUUAGUUCUCUCACACUCUGGUUCCCGAUCCCAUUGUUUAUUAAAUAAGUAGCUAAAUCUAGCAUUCGUACUUGGAUUAGGAAUCCGUUCCAGUUUCUUAUAUCCUUUAAGGGCAAGUUCCUUCCUCCUCCACACCCUACCCUUUCAAAACAAGUCAAGAUGGUUCCUGCUGAUCCUCUUGAGUGCAUAGGCUCUGCCUAUCAGUCAGCCUGAAGAAAUACCACGUAACUUCAACCAGGUAACAAAACCCAUUGGUAAAUAUACUGCCAAAAGAUGCAUUGAAAUUAUUAAUAGGAAUUACCAUGCCCAAUUUGGAUUACAUUUUCCUUGAUGCAGAAUGUUUGUGGGAAACUCCAUUUUGGGGAAGCUCUGUGAAUUCACAAAAAAGGGCAUGUUUCAAAUGUGUUUUAUUUCAUGAUAAGUAUUUUGAACAGCUCUGGCCAGACAUUGGCACUUUUAGUUCAUCAAGAAAAUUGUAGUGCAUUCCAUGUAUUUGGUAUGCACCAGUUUCUCUCUUCUUUUAUGAAAUAUUUUAAAUCCCUUGACAUUAGGGGACAUUUCCUAGUUUAUGCCACUGCUGAUGUCACCCAACAUUCAUUUAACUUCUUCCAGCCCCAUUCUAAGGAAUAAUCGCUUUAAAAACGAAAAUUUCUUUAUAGCCCUUUAGUUUGAGAAACCAUCUCACUAGCAGAACACUUCUUCACCACGUAUACUCCAUAAUACAAUAACAUGUAACUUUUCAAAAACAUCUUGCUUUCUAAUUUUUUUCACUUGGGUGGAGGACUUGCCUGCAGGCAUAUUUACUACAAGAUCAUGCUGGCUUUACCAUGAAAUCAUGGUUUAAUUUGACUUUCAUGUCUGAAAAUCCUGUAGUUUCAGGAUUAUUCCUGUCUUUUUUUGUUUUUUUCCUUUACAUUUGGGCUGCUUCUACACAGGUGGAGUUCUGAAAAUCUCCUAACAAUACACUGUCACUGAUGACAGCAAUGGUAGAAGCACCAGCGUAGACAUCUGCUGGCAUUUUAACCCCUGUCCUGUCUAACCCUGUUUAGUGGUAGAUGACAUGGGUGGUUAAAAUUCCAGCAGUGGUUGUGUAAUGGUGAAAGAUUCUCAGAAAUUUGCCAGAGCUAACAAGGCCCAAAUGUAAAAAGAAAUGAAGCCAAUUAAUCUACGAUCUCCCUGAACUACGCUAAGAGCAUAAUAGUUAAAGGGAUUGUGAGAUUAGAACGCUUUGCCGGUUUAAUGUUCAGUUUCUUAAUGUGUGGGGAAAACAGUGUACAUUCUUAGAAAGCUUUAAUAAAGAUAAGCCUGUUGUA